AGCCGCGACCACAGGAGAGGCUACGGAGGCUUGAGGCCCGGCGGUCCAGGGUGGGGUCGAGGCGGGCGGGACGGGCGCGCGGCGGCUCGAUCCCUGGGCACUGCGGGGGUGACUCUCCCCGCGUCGCACUUGGUACAUGCCAGCGAAGAGGCCAGGCCCAGCCCGGGCGGUACAAUAGGGUUGGGCCGCAGCCGGGACUGGGCCGGCGCCGGGCAGGGAGCAGGGUCGCAGCCGGAGCCGUCAGACUCUGGGCAGCCGGCAACUGAGCCUCGCAGAUCACCAGCCGAGCCAGCCUCUACCUUCCCCGGAGCGCCCCCCACUCGGAGUCGUUGCCCGCCUGGGCGGGCUGGGCGUGAUGCGCCGCGGGACCCCUGUCCUGGCCGCUGGCCGCCGCCGCCGCCGCCGCUGAGACUCCCCCCAAGACACCCCAGUGACGCUGCAGCCAUGGAGAGCGGCCCACUUGCCGAGCCGGGUGCCGGCGCACCCCCAGCUAUGGCAGCCAGGACCCCGCCAGAGCCGAGACCUUCUCCAGAAGGUGACCCCUCCCCUCCGCCACCACCGCCACCGAUGUCAGCCCUGAUCCCCGACACUCCCCCGGACACCCCUCCUGCCAUGAAGAAUGCCACUAACUCUAAGCAGCUCUCACUGGAACCAGAGAGCCCCUCAGGGCUGGUUGGGCCUAGACCAGCCCCCCAGCAGGAAGAGUCCCCUUUCUCAGAAGUGAAGAUCAGGGGACCCACCCCACCAGCCACAGGCCCACGGGAUUCCAGGCCUCCUCGAAGGAGCAGCCAGUCAUCCCCAACGGCAGUGCCAGCCUCCGACAGCCCUUCGGCCAAGCAAGAUGUGAAGAAGGCAGGAGAGAGACACAAACUGGCAAAGGAGCGGCGAGAAGAGCGGGCCAAGUACCUGGCAGCCAAGAAGGCAGUGUGGCUGGAGAAGGAGGAGAAGGCCAAGGCCCUUCGGGAGAAGCAGCUCCAGGAGCGCCGGCGGCGGCUGGAGGAGCAGCGGCUCAAAGCCGAGCAGCGCCGAGCGGCCCUGGAGGAGCGGCAGCGGCAGAAGCUCGAGAAGAACAAGGAGCGCUAUGAAGCAGCCAUCCAGCGGUCAGUGAAGAAAACGUGGGCUGAAAUCCGGCAGCAGCGCUGGUCCUGGGCAGGGGCCCUGCACCACAGCUCCCCAGGACAUAAGACCAAUCGAAGCCUGCAGCUGAGCGCAUGGGAGAGCAGCAUCGUAGACCGUCUCAUGACGCCCACCCUCUCCUUCCUGGCACGGAGUCGCAGUGCAGUAACACUGCCCCGCAAUGGCCGUGACCAGGGUAGGGGCAGCGGCCCUGGGAGAGCCCCCAUGAGGGGCCGGGCAGGGGCCAGCCUCGCGUGUGGGCCACAUCCCGACCGCACUCAUCCUUCUGCAGCCGUGCCGGUGUGCCCGCGCUCGGCCUCUGCCAGCCCCUUGAUGCCGCCAUGCAGCGCCCCCCGCAGCAGCGUGCACCGCUGCACCCCCUCCUCCGGGGAGCGUGGGGAGCGCCGCAAGCCCAGCUCACUGGGCAGCCCCACCCCGGUCCACCGCAGGCCCCAGGCCUCGCCGGUGCAGAAAAAGGAGAAGAAGGACAAGGAGCGGGAAAAUGAGAAGGAGAAGAGCGCCCUGGCCCGGGAACGCAGCCUCAAGAAGCGCCAGUCACUGCCUGCCUCGCCUCGCCCACGCCUCUCUGCUGGCACGGCCUCCGAGCUCAGUCCCAAAUCUAAGGCCCGGCCAUCCUCUCCCUCCACAUCCUGGCACAGGCCUGUCUCUCCCUGCCCCAGCCCAGGGCCCAACCAUGCUCUACCCCCAAAACCACCAUCCCCCCGAGGCACCACUGCAUCACCCAAGGGGCGGGUUCGGAGGAAGGAUGAGGCAAAGGAGAACUCCAGGGCAGCAGGACCCGAGGACAAGAACCAGAGCAAGGGCAAGGCCAGCGAAGAGAAGGAGCCUGCAGCCCCAGCUUCACCGGCACCCUCGCCUGUGCCCUCACCCACCCCAGCCCAGCCCCAGAAGGAACAGCCCACAGCUGAGGUCCCUGCAGAUACUGCUGUCCCGACCUCACCCCCUGCCCCUGCUCCCCCAGCGACCCCUGGCAAACCCAUAGCUGGCACCACAGACCGAGAAGAGGCUACUCGCCUCCUGGCUGAGAAGCGGCGCCAGGCCCGGGAGCAGCGGGAGCGCGAGGAACAGGAGCGGAAGCUCCAGGCAGAAAGGGACAAGCGAAUGCGAGAGGAGCAGCUGGCUCGGGAGGCCGAGGCCCGGGCCGAAAGGGAGGCAGAGGCCCGCAGGCGGGAGGAGCAAGAGGCCCGAGAGAAGGCGCAGGCCGAACAGGAGGAGCAGGAGCGGCUGCAGAAGCAGAAAGAGGAGGCUGAAGCUCGAUCCCGGGAAGAGGCAGAAAGGCAGCGUCUGGAGCGGGAAAAGCACUUCCAGAGGGAGGAGCAGGAGCGGCAAGAGCGCAAAAAGCGUCUGGAGGAGAUCAUGAAGAGGACUCGGAAGUCAGAAGCUGCUGAAACCAAGAAACUGGACAGAAAGGAAGCAAACACCAACAAUUCUAGCCCAGACCCUGUCAACGCCGGGGAGUCACGGCCCUCGGGGCUGCAGAAGGAGGCUGUGCAGAAAGAGGAGCUGGUUCCCCAGGAGCCUCAGUGGAGCCUGCCAAACAAGGAGUCACCAGGGUCCCUGGUGAAUGGCCUGCAGCCUCUCCCAGCACACCAGGAGAAUGGCUUCUCCCCCAAGGGACCCUCUGGCGAAAAGAGUCUAGGCCGAACAGCAGAGGCCCUCCUGCCCUUCGCAGAGGCAGACGCCUUCCUCAAGAAAGCUGUGGUGCAGCCCCCGCAGGUUACAGAAGUCCUUUAAGGGGUUGCCUUGGAUCCAGGCACAGCUAUGAGGGCUCCUCUGCAUCAUCUACCAGGAUGUCUGGAAAAGAAAGAGACAGAACAAAGCCGGAAGUGGCCUGGGCCCCUGGGGGUGGGUCCUCUCUGUUAUUUUUAAUCAGCACCUUAUAGACUGUUGUCUCUGGCUGGAGCAAGGCCCUGCUCCUCAGUGCAUUUGUGUGCUCACACUUGCGGACACCUCCCAUACACACAUACACUCACAGCCUCUGUGGCCUCCUCCCCUGGGGAAGGGCCGCCUGUAGUAUUUGCCUUGGUUUGGUGGGGUCAGUGGAUGUGAAUACUGUAAAUAGCUUGUGCUCAGACUCCUCUGCCUAGAGGGGGCAUGUGCAGGAGGCAGACCCUCCCAAGACUCCCUGGGGAGAUCUUCCUCUCUCUAUUUAACUGUAACUGAGGGGGAGCCCAGGUCUGGGGAUGGGGGGCACCUUGGGCCACAGGAUGCUGAUUGCUUUAGGGGUCCCCAUGCCCCUGCCCUCGCCUGGAAUCAGUGUUACUGCAUCAAUCAAACUCUCCAGAAAUAAAGUGAGAAUAAUCCUGCCA